UCUGCGUGGAUGUCCCGAGAGUCGGUUUCACGGGACGCGCGCGGCUUCUGUCUACCAAAGACAGCGCUAAUCGCAGCACCGACCACGCUGAUCGCUCGCCGAUACCCCUUUGCGGUCGUCUCCCGCUAUCAUCUCGAUUGUUUCUCGUUCUAGUGAUCAGUGCUUUGUACUUCUCGUUAAAUAAAAUCAGCACGGUGAACAGAGCGUAUCGUGCGGGAGAAUCACAAAGUGCAACACGAAGUGUGGAUUCGUGGAUUAAACGUUAGUGAUGAUCCAAGAAGAUGUGACGUACCUUUCGGUGUGAGUGAUGCCUCGUAGCGGGAUAAUCUACCCGAGGUACGGUUUUUGAGUAUCGUCAGAGUGAUCGCCAAUCGACGGGGAGAGAGACGGCGUCGCAGUCCCGCGGCAUGAACGAACCGAGGUAAACGAGGAUAUGUGGAGGAUGCAGGAAGGCAGGACCGCGUCGCCCGUAGGUCCGCUCGUCCUAUCGCGGGAGGAACCGGAUAUGCGUACCGGACUCUCGCUACCGGGUCAAGAAAGGAGGCACGUGUUGCUCCACGUACGCACUGCCCAGGAGCCCUUCGCGCGCUACGACAGCCUCCGUCAUCAACACUCGCCGUCGACCUCGCCGAUUCUCCGAUCCGUCGAGAGAGACCAGUUCCAUGAGAUGGACACGUCGUCGGUGAAAGAGAAACGGAUGGACACGGACGGAGUCGAGGAGGAAGAGGAGCAAAACGAGGAGGAAGAGGACGAAGGGGACAGAAAUACCUCAGGGGGAAUCAGGAGGAAUAUUCUUGAAGACGAAGAAGACGACGAGGAACACGAGGAGGAGGAAGAGGAAGCGCGUCCUGGAAGCAGAAACGGAAAUUAUCAGGAAGACGAGGACGUCGAGGUGGACGUGUGUCGCGACGAAGUUGACGAAAGCAACCCUAGUAGCCCCGUGGACUUAACGGCACCUUCGUCGAGGGGCACAGGCGAUCAGUUCUUGAACCCUUUCGGUAAUCGCGGCGUGCACUCUUUCUCUUGUGUGCAGAACCAAACCGCCGGUCACGGCACGUCUGUGUACAUUUCCGCGCACGUCGCCGCCGCAGCCGCGGCCGCCGCUGCCGCAUCAAAUGCUAUCACUGUAUGUACUUCUGGAAACACGGCUAGGAGUACCGGAACGUCGGGUGGCAUCACGACAACGGCUAGCACCGUGCAAGCGAAUAAACGGUGUUUAGCGUUCUCCGUGGAGAACAUACUGGAUCCGAACAAGUUCACCGGCGGCAGGGUCGUCCACGGUCGCGUUCACGACAGACGACACCGCCGGGCAGAUAGCGUGCACGAAGAUGGAGACUCGCGGGGCGAGUUCGCUUGCGGUAGCGGCCAGGAGGACGAGGAGGGCACACCGGACACCGGGAUGGAAGACAUGGACGAGGACCCUGACGAAGAGGACGAGGACGAGGACGUCGAGAUGAGGGUCACCGACCAAGAAUCACCAAACGCUAACAGGGAAAACAACGCUUCCGCGUCGGGCAACGUCUCUUCGUCCAACUGCAAGAAGAGGCAAUCGUCCUCCUCCUCGUCGUCGUCGAGCAGCGUGCAAGCCAGCCAAGGCUGCCAAGGCCAGAACCAAAGCAGUCAGAACGGAACCAGUGGUAGCGGCGGCGGCACGGGGGGCAAGCCGCGGAGAGCGAGGACCGCGUUCACGUACGAACAGCUGGUCGCCCUGGAGAACAAGUUCAAGACCACCAGAUACCUCUCCGUCUGCGAACGCCUGAAUCUAGCCCUGUCCCUGUCUCUCACCGAAACCCAGGUGAAGAUCUGGUUCCAAAACCGGCGAACCAAGUGGAAGAAACAGAACCCAGGACUGGACGUUAACAGCCCGACGGUGCCGACCACGCCGCCACAUCCUCCACCUUACGCUCCGGCUUUCCUCUUCGCCACCCAUCCGCACCAGCACCCGUUGCCGCACUCGCACACGCAUCCGCAUCCGCACGCCCACGUCCAUCAUCCACCGCCCGUACCUCCCGUGCCGCCGCCGCCUGGCUAUUAUCACCCGGCCGCGUCACCUUAUCCUCCGACAGGACCGACGUUCUUCGGUCAUCACCUGCCCGGCACCCCGGUAACUGCAGCCGGCCCACCGCCCACGUCCACUCCAUCCUCCACGGGUCUGUCGCUGCCCACGCAUCCGCAUCCGCACACGCAUCCGCACGCGUAGCGAUCUCGACAGCCGCGGACGUCUUCGUCGCGUUUCGCCUUCCUGAACCAGCGAUGGCCGACACGUAUCCUUCAAGUCGCGGAGAGGAAUGUGACGGUAACUAUUUAAAAUCGCGAUCGUCUACCUAUAUCCGCUAGUCAAGGGAGACAGCUGUGAUUGACGGGAACGUCGUUCGAUGCGUUCGAAAUUAUCAACGUUGAGCUCUCUCUAUUUAAUUACGAUGUAAAUCUUACGCCACCCGGAGAUAACUAAGAGAGUCGUUCUUGAUGGAUACGCAACUGUUUUAACCCGGUGUGAAAACAGACUCAACGCGCGACAACAACCGAAUCUUAAUUCACCAUAUCUUCAUCUUUAUUUCACCUGAAACGAUUAUACCAGUGUGUACAUAGUUGCGUGGAAUAUCUGGAGGACGAACAAACUGGGAUUGAAGCUCGUUCGAACUAGAGGGGAACGUGUUGUAUGUAAAAUAGGGUUCACGAAUCGCUUUCAUUGCUACAUAUUAUAAUAUGUAUAUCGAGGAAGCGUCUUUUACAGAUUUUGAUCUCGCAGCUUGAUCAUUUGUAGAUAAGUACGUCUUACGUUGUUCUAAUUGUAAGUGUCGGAUCCGUCGAAGUCUGUACUAGACGACGCUGCUUCUCGUAUUUGUAAAUACCGAAGGGAAUCUGUCUUUCACCUCCAGAUAUCUGUAUAGGAAGCCUGGGAUCGACGGAGGAGCUCGUGCAAGCGAUCAAAAGCAUCGCGACUGUAUAUGUAUGUGUAAUUUUGGUUGGUUGAUCGUCGCGUCGCACGUGGGACGCUUCGAUAGGGUAAUCGGUUUACGCGCGGGGGUGAUGCGCGGAAAACGAGCGUAUCUCUUGGAGGAUAUUGUCGAGCCGUUUAAAAUUGGGCGCGCCGCUCUGGCAAUUCGGCGUGGCAGAGAGGCCGAGGGAGGCAGGGAAUCCGUCGGUCGAGCGGAAAGAUAAAUACGCAGUGAUACGCGGCCGAAGAAUAACAGGCAGCUCGAUUGCAAGCACCGCGCGUAAACCACCCCUUCGGGUUCGGAUAUAAUUAAAAAAUUAAACGAACGCCAAGCGUUCGCUUAUUUUGCGUUUCGACGCAAUACCCGUGGCUGAUGUUUGAACGAGAGACGAUAACUCGCUGCGGAUUGCCACGAGAGAAACGAAGCGAGACGCGAAUGCGGAGAAUGGGAUCGAACGAGAACAUUUAAAAGUUAAGGGGCUCGAAGCGUCGUGGAUUCUUAUCUUCGAGCGAAUGUCCCUCGUUUCUCUUUUGUUUUCCUUCUGUUCGCCGCAAUUGUAACCUGCGCCGCUUAUCGAGGACGGAGGUGGGGAACGUGUCUAAAUACGAAGUGGAACUCUAUCGGGCGCCAAAGGGGCGAAACGGAAUGCAAAAAGCGCUCGUAAGGCUGUAAGUUGUGCGUGAGGAUGAAUCGUGAACGUGGACCGAUGCGGGGGUGUGUCUGUCACGCGCCGAGCUCGCGAGUGGAUGAACGCGAAAGGAUUUAGCGAGCAAAUUUUUUGUGCCGAAACUGCAAUUUGUGAAAAAAACUGAACCACGUUGGGACGCAGUGGAACGUUCCUGUGUAAAA